CUGCUUCAAUUAGUGAAUGUUGCCUACGAGUAUGUUGAUACCCGGCCCACCUCACUUAGGGCGGUUCGGGUCGGCUAGCUGAAAAGCUGUCUCAUGCCUCGUCACAGGGUCAUGUUGACACUAGGCUUAAAUGGCGGCGUGAUUGACGAUCGACGAACACUAUGCCUACCCGAAGAUCUGGGAACAAGCGGGGUAUCACGAUCGAAGCCAAAGACUAAGCCGAUCGUGCCGUGAUCCUCGCCUCUCGUCGGCUAGCAGCCCGGCCUAAUAGCUCCAUUCAGUCACGUUGACCGCCAAGGUGGCGGGGUUCAAUCAGGUAUAAGAUCGAAGAGAUGUCCGAUUCCACAUAGGACUGUUCUCUCUAGAGUAUCAAUCACCACUCCUACCUUCAAUCGCCUAAUUGCCAGUUCCUGUCUUGAACACCUUACAGCCAUCAUGAGUAACCUUUUCAGUACGACCUGGGAAGAUUACGUUGAGCAGCAAGAAAGAUGGGAGGAAGAAAGAUCCACCGGCGACAAUGACCGAAGCUUCAUUGCCGAUGCCCGCGACUAUAACCUCGCAAAUGGUCGCAUUCUCAACGCUGAGUUCAUCGACGAGAACGGACGCUCCUAUGUAUCCGAACUCGACCUUGGCAAAUGCUUUGAAGUCGACCUGGAGGAGCUGAAAUACCACCGACUUCCAUUGGAUUGGACGGCCUAUGGAAAGUUUUUCGACCAAGUCGAAGUGGACGGAAAACCCUUCAUCCAUAGCGAUCGCGAAUGGGGUCCAAUGCUCUGCGUUUCGUAUUCCUAUUUCGAGCCAGUUCAAAGAUACCGAACGGGGCCGCAUUGUUACCGACUCAAUCUUGGCCGUCAUGUCACGGUUCAGAAUGGGCAGUUGACCUUCACGUAUGGUGAUUGCAGUGGCGUACCGCGACCACCUAUCCGAGAGCCGUGGCGCCAGUACUUUAAAGAUGUUGAUGAGGCGCGCGAGGUCGCCAGAUAUACUGCGAAAGAAGUUAUCUAUGACCCCGGCAAUGGAAGGGACAUCGUCAUUCAGAAUGAUUAUAGCGCCCGGGAAGACUGGGACAACUUUUGUGCAGCCUUCGUUGCCAGGGCCGUAGGCAUUAAGUAUGGAGGCUACAGCGACCAUGAGCUGAAUGAACACAAUACCGAGGACGAACGUGGCUGUCCUUUGGUGCUGUGGUUACAGUCGGAGCUUGAGGCAGGCAACAUCCCGGGUCUUAAGCUAGAGUGAUUAUGAUAUAUAGGGUAGAUCAAUGAAAUGAAGAAUGUUGUCCGGUGGAAGAGGACCCCGAUGGAUGCUCACUUGGAGUUAUUUGGGGAAAUCUAAGAAAGUGG